AUGGACCUCCUAAAAUUCAGUUCUCUAGCUAUAUCAGAAAUUAACUUCCUGCACGAGUCAUCGUUUGACUCGAUAGACCACUCUUGGUUUUUAUUGAUAGGUUGCAAAUUGGAUCAAGAUGAUGAAAUUUACAUCCCAAUAAAUGGUAAUGAAGCAGAGUCUCAAUGGUAUAUUGAAAAAGUUAUACGAAUCCCGAUGCAGGAAAAUGAUAAAAUAAAUCAAGAACGCCUAGAAAGGAGAAUUAACCUAACAAAAGUGACUCAAAAGGACAUUUGUAUACUGGGUAUUCUUGAUUUAUGUCAGUUAGAAGAGGACGAAAAUAUCACUAAUAAAGUGACGGAGAAAGUGCUCACCCAAUUGACCGCCUUGGCAUUGAAAUAUCUGAUAAAAUAUAACGUGUUUCGCCAACAUACCUCCUUCCAAGAAGCUGUCAAUAGUUUAAAGGGUUAUAAAAUUGAAAAUAGUGUACAGAUAGGCGCGGAAAUUAUCCUUGAUUUUCUACAAGAUAAAGUGCAAAUUAAGGAUGUAAAUGACAGAUACCAAAUUCCCACACCUAAUAAUACCGUAGACCCAGGUUUUGAUGAGUUUCAAUUAAUUGACAUGAAGGAUAAAGAAAUCAAUAUUCAAAAAUAUAAUAAUAAUACCAUAAGAAAAUUACUCGAGAAGAUUAAUCGAAUGAUAAUAUUCUUGAAAAAUUAUGAUGCCACUGACAAGCCUUUCUCUUCCACGCAAGAUGUAAUACUUCGAAAAAUAUCAAUGCUUGUAACACAACUGCAAAGAGGUGGAACAAGUGACAUGAAUUACCUGCUGGAUAACAAAAUUAAUGAAAUAAAAUUAUUAGAAAUUUCGUGUAAACAAUGGGAAAUUUCAAAUAUGUUAAAAAAAUAA